GUUUCUAACUUCAGCCCAAUAGGUUUUUGUCUUUGUAUGGGUCGUGUCUACAGUGUACUGUGUAGAACCAACCGCCAUUUGGAUUUCCUUGUUUAAAAAAGAAACCGUCGUUGGCCGUUCCCGCCCGCCACAACUGCUUCCUUCGUCAAUCCUCUCUUGUUUCUCCCCCACUCAUUCAUUUGGGAUGAGAGUAGCGGCGGGUUGUGUAAUGUGCCGGACUCAUGAGCAGCGAUAUUCAAAGACAAGAGUCUGAGAAGAAUCCGUUGAUGAGGUUCUUCAAGCUUGUUCAGCAGCACUUGGCGUCAGGCUCUGAUGGUGAAGAUAAUGGAAGUUCAAAGAUUUCAGAGGAGGAUUUGGAGACCCCAUUUGUUGACUUCUUACAGACACGGCUGCCUCCCAAGAUAAAAUCGUACAGAUCAUAUCGCAUUUCUCUAUCUACAUUCCCAAAAAUGGGAAACCCUCCACCAAAAUUAUGGCUUAUCACCCUCCUCUUCCUCCCUUGCUUCUUCAUAAGCGACGUCGUUGGAGUCCAGAUCCUCUCCAAAUCGAAACUUGACAAGUGCGAGAAGACUUCCGAAUCCGGUGAACUUAACUGCACUAAGAAGAUCGUCCUCAACAUGGCCGUCCCUAGCGGCGCGAGUGGAGGUGAGGCUUCGAUUGUUGCGGAAAUUGUCGAGGUAGAGGAGAAUUCAAGCAAGAAGAUGCAAACUUUUCGAAUACCACCUGUCCUGACUGUCAAUAAAUCCGCAGCUUAUGCCUUGUACGAGCUUACGUACAUUCGAGAUGUUGCAUAUAAGCCUGAAGAGUACUAUGUUAAGACCCGAAAGUGUGAGCCAGAUGCAGAUGCAAAAGUUGUCAAGAUAUGUGAGAGGUUACGAGAUGAAAAUGGUACCAUUAUUGAACAUACAGAGCCAAUGUGCUGUCCUUGUGGGCCUCAGCGGCGGGUACCUUCAUCAUGUGGAAGUGUUUUUGACAAGUUGAUGAAAGGAAAACCGAAUACAGCCCAUUGUGUCCGCUUUCCGGGUGAUUGGUUCCAUGUUUUUGGUAUUGGACAGCGCUCAGUGGGAUUUAGUGUUCUCAUUCAAGUAAAGACAGCAUCCAAAGUUUCGGAAGUGAUUGUAGGUCCUGAAAACAGAACAGCAAUAUCCAAUGAUAAGUUUUUGCGAGCUAAUCUUAUUGGAGAUUUUGUUGGAUACACAAAUAUUCCUUCAUUCGAGGAUUUUUACCUUGUAAUUCCUAGGCAGGGGGGCCCAGGUCAACCCCAGAAUUUGGGAAGGAACUUUUCUAUGUGGAUGCUGCUGGAGAGAGUUAGAUUUACUUUAGAUGGUGUUGAAUGUAAUAAAAUUGGUGUCAACUUUGAGGCUUUUAAUGGGCAGCCAAACUUUUGCUCUUCACCAUUCUGGAGUUGCUUGCAUAAUCAAUUAUGGAAUUUCUUGGAGGCUGACCAAAACCGUAUCGAAAGGAAACAGGUGCCACUUUUUGGUGUGGAAGGAAGGUUCGAAAGGAUAAACCAGCAUCCAAAUGCAGGGACUCAUUCGUUUUCCAUAGGAGUCACAGAAGUCAUUAAUACAAAUCUCUUGAUAGAACUAAGUGCUGAUGACGUAGAUUAUGUCUACCAAAGGAGUCCUGGGAAAAUCUUAAGCAUCAAUAUCCCAACAUUUGAGGCCCUUACUCAAUUUGGAACUGCUACAAUCACAGCAAAAAAUACUGGUGAAGUGGAAGCAUCCUAUUGCUUAACGUUUGAUUGUUCAAGUGAUGUCACCCUUAUGGAGGAGCAAUACUUCAUUAUGAAGCCAAAAGAAAUGUUAACUCGAUCAUUCAAACUUUACCCAGGAACCGAUCAAGCUGCAAAAUACAUCUGUGCAGCUAUACUUAAGGACUCUAAUUAUAAUGAAGUGGAUAGAGCCGAGUGCCAAUUUUCUACGACGUCUACUGUCAUUGAUAAUGGAUCACAGGUUAAUCCCUUUAAGCCACCAAAGACAGGAACAACUGGUUUCUUUGACUCCAUUGAAAGCUUUUGGAACCAUGCGUGGAAGACUUUUAUAGAUUUCAUCACUGGAAAAUCUUGCAGAACAAAAUGCUCUGGAUUCUUUGACUUCAGAUGCCAUAUACAGUACAUAUGUAUGAGUUGGAUUCUGAUGUUUGGUCUACUUUUGGCAAUUUUUCCAACAGUCAUUGUGCUACUGUGGCUUUUACAUCAGAAGGGACUUUUUGAUCCUUUAUAUGACUGGUGGGAUGAUCAUUUCUGGGAGGAUAGUCCGAGCACCAAGAAUACUAGACACAGAAUUAAUGUAGAUCAUCGACAUGUUCAUGUCCAUAAACAUCAUGGGCAUGAAACAAUGCACCACAACUAUGGCACUCAUCAUAAAAGAAAAAGCACUCACAAUGAUCACAAGCAUAGCCACUUUCAAAGAAGUAGUGAUUACAAUUACGACCUUCACCAUGUCCAUAAGGAUAAGCACAAGCAUGGCCGAAGAAGGAGUUCAAGUGUUAUGCAGAAAGUUGAUGAGAACACUGGAUACCAUGGCCAGAAAAAACAAAGGAGAACAACAAAAGACUAUUCAAAGUGACCAGAGUCACCAGACACACAAUCAAGUGAAGCAACAGUGAAUUUGGUAAGUCUGUUGCAUACCAAUCGGUUUGCUUUCUAUGCAGAGAUAGUGCAUGGAACUUGAAAUGAUACCAGCUUCAGAUUGUACAUGUUAACCUGUUUCUUAUCGUAGGGAGAUUUAAAAAUUUGGAUUGC